AUGAAGAAGUUCACAGCGAUCACUGGGAAAGGAGGGGAGGUAUCCCAGAAUCAAUUUAGUCCUAAAAGUCCUUUUACAAAGAACCUUUAUUUAACACCUCAUAAACUAAAAGCAAGUCACUCUCGUCGACUUUCGGUUUGCAGGGAGGAUGAUAUCCAGUAUCUUACACAUAAGUGCGUGUACGAAGCUCAUGUGUACGAAGUAGCUUCCCCACUCUAUCCACGCACGUGUGGGCCAGAGCCUGAUUCAGAUUCUCUAUGUCACGAGUGCCACGGGCCUCCCAAACCCAACCGAAUACCAUCUGGAUGGCAUAAUAUCAUAUUCUGGAUUUCAGGCAGCUGUAUGUGGACACCCCGGAGAUACUACUACUACUGCUACUACUACUACUACUACUACUACUACUACUACUACUACCGUAUGGGAGGAUUAACUCAAGAAUGA